AUGGUCUACAAAAUUUAUGGUGCUGCUCAAUCAACUUGCGUUCAACGUGUUUUGACCACAAUCAAGGAGAAAGGUUUAGAAUAUGAACUUGUUCCUGUUGAUUUAAUGAAGGGAGAACACAAGUCACCAUCCUACUUGGAAAAGCAUCCAUUUGGUGUCAUUCCAGUCUUGGAAGAUGAUGGGUUCUUGAUUUAUGAAUCUCGUGCUAUCUGUCGUUACUUGGAAGCCAAACAUAAGAGCCAAGGAACUGAACUCAUUCCAACUGAGCUCAAAGCUUUGGGUCUAUUCGAACAAGGUGCUUCCAUUGAAACUGCUUACUUUGAUUCAAAUGCUUCUGGUUUAGUUUUCGAAAAGUUAUUUAAGGGAAUGAUGGGAUAUGGAGCUGCUGAUGAAGCUCGUGUCAAACAAUUGAGUGAAAAGUUAGCACUCAAUUUGGAUGCCUAUGAAAAAGUGUUGGCUAAACAAGAAUUCAUUGGUGGAAAUCAAUUCACCUUAGCCGAUUUGUAUCACUUACCAUAUGGAAACUUGUUGUUCGCUAUUGGAUUGGGUAAUUUAUUGUUGGAUCGUCCACUUGUUAAAGCUUGGUGGGAAAAGAUUUCAUCAAGACCUUCAUGGAAAGCUGUUUCAGGACAACAAUAA